AUGGGGAAGCGGAAGGGAGGGAACAAGGGCGUCGAUGCCUCCUCCUUCACCAGGCUGAACAUCGACAGCUGUGAACGGACGAGCAAGGACAGCGCUGCCCUCGCGAAAACCAGCCUGGAGGAAGUCGAGGAGGUCGUGGAGGAGAGGACGGAGAGCUCCUUUUCGGACAGCGCGCCGCCCAGUUCCAUCAUUGGAAGCGACAAGACCAGCGCUGAUUACUAUUUCGACUCCUACUCGCAUUUUGGUGAGAUAAGCAGGCUGCCGAUAUUUUCUUUCUUUUUUUAAUCAUUCUCGCUGGGAGAUUGUGGUUUUAUUUCUAUCUUGUUUCAAUCAUGUACACGGCCUUCUUCCAUUCGCAGGUCUUGUUAGGUUUGCUUUACUGUUCUUGUAUCAGUUUUGGAUGGAACUAAUCUCGAAGUCGUGACUGGAAGUUUCCGUUCGGGGAGGACAAGAGUUGUGUUUCUGUUGAAGAUAGCAAUGACUUGCCUCUUUUUUUCUUGGCGUUUCUUCUUCCUCUCUUUUUUCUUCUGAGGCAACCCUUUUGAUCUGAUUGUCUUUGGCAUUUUUGUCCUAGGCGUUUAACCUUGGAAUUAUCGUGUAGUCAUUGGUAUUGUUGUUUUCACUAAUAAACUUGCGAUACCGUUUUGUGUUCGACGCUUGUGUUUUUGGGCUGCUGAUUUUUUUUUUUUUAUGAAGUAACCUUCUACUUCUUUCCACAUUAAGGAUUAUGUUUGUAAAUUAUCCCAACGUUCAUUAUUUAGGCACUUCUGGACUACAGUUCAUACUUUGUAGAAAGUCUAAUUGGUCUCUCAGUUGAGUGUGUUGGUGAAUUUGCUUUUCUGCUAGUUUGAUAAAUGGGGGGUGUCACGUUUGCUGUGGGUUUUUGAGAAAAAUAGAGUAUUUUUAGGAUUAUUUCUUAAGUUUCUAGCGAAUGGGUUGUAUGAUGUUUGGUAGAUUACGAAAUUUCAGUGCAUAACUGGUAGCUAUAUAUUUGAAAAAUAUACGAAUUUAUGUUAGAAAAUUGCAUGCCCUACUUUUUUUCCUUCUCCCCUUUUUUUUGGCCUCCGUCUUCCUUUUUCUUCUUCUUUCCUUGCUUGCGAUAAUCUGCUUCUCCUUGUCUUUCUCAUCAUCCACCUUUUAUUUUCCUCUUGCUUACUUGUCCCUCCUAUGGGAAAUGCCAGAAGGCAUCCUUUUGAAAGCCCAUGCAAGCUGCUGGCAAAACUGGGUUGGUUUGGCUUGAAUAUGGCUGAUGUAGGUGAAACUUACUGAUUCCCUGCUAUUUUUUAAUUUCGAUUGGGGAUCAAGAUUCUUCCCAGUAGGUCGGGCUGGGAUGAGUCAAUUCCAAUAUUAAUUGGGUUAUUUGUGUUGAAUUUAAUUUUUGUGUGAACCGCGUUCCUUGAGAUGCCAGUAGACUCAGCAUUGUAGAUUUUACUUUUAUUUUUUAUUUUGUACACAAUAAUUUCCUUGCAAACUUGCUGCUUCUUUAUCGUAUUUGAUUUUUGUUCACAUGAAUUUUCAUUUUGUUCCUGCUUAAUAUUUUAACUUUUCUGAUGUUUAGUUUCGUUUUUCUUGUCUUUUGCAGGUAUCCAUGAAGUACGGCCCUCAGGGUGACAAGACAUUUAGUUGACUGCAGUCAUUAACUGUCUUCUCGAAUUUUGAUUGUUUGGUUUAUUUAGGAAGGCUGAUCGGAAUCUGUCUUUUUACACAAUUCUUUUAGUAUUUGAUGUUUUCCUGACACUCUGUCGUUUUUUCUGUUUUCAUCUUUUAGUAUUUAUUUGUUCUUAGAUAGAAAAAAUCCUGUUAUGGCUUUUGAUUUGCUGUGAUUUUUUUAUUCCUGCUAUCUUUGACUCUUUGUUCUUUUCAAUCCGGUUAAAUGACUCAUUCCCUCUGUCGAUAAAUGAAACUACAGAAGAAUAAAAUGAUUUUUGUAUUUUUUUUCAAUCAAUGUUUUGUGGGUACUCAAGUGACGAGUUUUAUUUGCCGUUUGAUUUGAACUAUCAUCUCAAGUUUGGCAUCUACUCUAUGACCACUAUUGUCUACUGAUUCUUCAAUUUUUGAAGAGUUGCCUAAUCCUCUAUUAACCGUGUUUCUUCUAUGCACUCUUUUUGCUAGCAUGAAAAAUUUUAUUUGGUGAUCUUUGAGGUUUCCUUUGCCAUUCGUGCUUUCCAAAUUCUAGUAUCGAUUUGUGAACAACCUAUUAUGUUAGAGACUCGUUUAAAUCAUAUGUUGGUAAUCAUCCUGCAGGAAAUGCUGAAAGAUACUAUCAGAACGAAAGCAUAUCAGAAUGCUAUUUAUCAUAACACAUUUCUCUUCAAGGACAAGGUAGUUCUUGACGUGGGGGCUGGGACUGGAAUCCUUUCCCUAUUUUGUGCAAAGGCAGGUGCAAAACAUGUCUAUGCUGUAAGUUAUUAUUCUUCUUAAAAAACAUUUCAAAGAUAAUUUCUUCUAACUAACACUUCAUCAAAUUUUCUUCUCUCUGCUAGUCAACCGGACAAGUUGUCAUGAUGCUUUAACCUUCUAGGGAUUUCGAAAUUUUCUGAUUAACCGCUCUAUUUUCCUUGGUUUGAAAACUAUGAGCCAACAUUUCCUGUUUGACUUGACGUUGUCAAAUCGUUUCUGGGUCACAUUAUUUUCCAUCUUGUCUCUUGUUAUGCCAUGAUUUCUGCAGGGUUUUGGAAUGUAUUAGUACCCUGAAAUUUUGUAGAUCGUUUAGUCAAUCUCCUGGCCUGUUUGAGGAGGCUUUGUUAUAGUCAGUUUCGACUGUUCUUGCCUAGGUUUGAGUAAAAACAUGAGUGGCUAAUGGAUCUAUUGUGUCUUUUAUCUGCUUUGGGCUUUUUUGAUUCCCAAUUAACUGAUGGUAUUUCUAGAAUACCCUCUAAAAGACAAUGGGUACUUGGUUGUUGACAUGCACAGAAGGUUUAUAUUUUGGUUUUUACAUGGUCGUUGUCUUGAAAGCGUGAAACGUGGGAGGUAAAUACAAAGCUUGAAGUUGAAUGCAGUCUCCAGUAUUGUGCACUAUCUAAACAAGUAUCAUAUCAUAACAGCUGCACCUGCAAACCAGUGCGCUGCUGAACAUGUUUCAAUGUUAAUGAUUUGUCUCCCUUUUCUUCAAAAUAGUACCAUUUGUUAUCCUUGAUUAUGUACGGUUCUAUGUACGGUGUUCCACUUCUUUGAAGUUCUCAUAUCAUGCCGUGUUAGUUUUUGCUAUUUCUAAUGACCCUCGUUAACUCUUUUUCCAAGGACAACCAUCGCCAUCGUUUUUUUCAUUUGAUGCAUUUCAGCAUUUCAUCAAUAUUCAUGUUUCCUGUUUUUCUUGUGUGUACACUCUAUUUUAUAACAUGAUCUUAGAUAAAACUGUUUGUAAUUGUUAAAGGAGCGUGAUAAAUGGAGAAAUCCGCAUGCAUGCAUACAUACUGAUAUGCGCAGUCUUUUAUGUUACCUAAUUCUUGAAAAAGUACCUUUGUAUAGCUGGAAUGCUCCCAAAUGGCUGACAUGGCUAAAGAGAUUGUAGAAGUGAACGGGUAUUCUAAUGGUAAUCUUUCCGUUCUGGAACUCUAAUUUUUUUCUCGUAUCACAGAUCACAUGUGUUUUUUGAUCAUCAUAUGUUUUAUAUUCUGACGCGAUCUUUCAAAUUUCUAGUCAUUACAGUUGUGAAGGGGAAGGUUGAGGAGAUUGAUUUGCCAGUCAGUCACGUGGACAUUAUCAUUUCCGAGUGGAUGGGUUAUUUCCUACUAUUCGAAAACAUGUUGAGCACAGUUUUAUGUGCUCGGGAUAGAUGGCUUGUACGUUAAAUUACAUUUUUGUUUCGCUUUUCUACUUCUUAGUUCACAUCUGUUUCAUCAUUGCACAUUUACUUGGGCUUAUUCUUCAAAAUGGGAUGCGGUUUUUCUUCUGAUUCAACCUACUUUGUGGCAGGUUGAGGAUGGGAUCGUCUUGCCGGACAAGGCUUCUCUGUACUUAACAGCAAUUGAAGAUGCGGAUUAUAAAGAAGAUAAGAUUGAAUGUAAGAGUCCAUGUGUCCACCUCAUAUGCAAUAAGUUUUACAUUUUAUAUCCUUUAACCACAAAAAAUAUAUCCAAGAAAUUAUUUUUCAGGUGACAGAUUUCUUAAAGCCCUAUAUACCAUUUUUCUAUGCCAUUAUUAUUAGUUCUUGUCCACUUCUUACUGUAAUUCUACCCUAUAGUCUGGAAUAACGUAUAUGGCUUCAACAUGAACUGCAUCAAGAAACAAGCUAUGAUGGAGCCCCUUGUUGAUACUGUGGACCAUAACCAAAUAGUCACAAAUUGCCAGUUGUUAAAGGUGAUGCUCUUUUUUCACACUUUGACCAUCCAUGUCUUUCAAAUUCCUGUUCUUUUCUGACUAAAUCUGUGCAAUGUAGACGAUGGAUAUAUCAAAGAUGGCUAUUGGAGAUGCAUCUUUCACUGCCCCAUUUAAGCUUGUGGCAGAACGUAACGAUUUCAUUCAUGCUUUUGUGGCAUAUUUUGAUGUUUCAUUUACACAGUGCCACAAACCGAUGGGCUUCUCAACAGGUUCGAUUGCUGCUUCUGAUUGUCCUUGCAUUAAGUGCUCUCUUCUUUUGAUAACCGAUUCCUAAUGCUUGGGAUGCUAGGCAAUUCUUUUGCAAGUUACUUUGUAAUUGGACUUUUAACAUGAUAUUGAUGAAAACGGUGUUAUUUGAUUCUUUUUUAAGUGUGCUUGAGAAAAAAUGGCUGCCCAACUCAGCUACUCUAAAUUUGUAGUUCCAGGUGACUCCAUUUAGAUGUAUAUUUACUUCUAGAUCUAAUUAGGCUGUGCUAUGUUUUCGUUGAAACAUUACUGAGGCGACUAAAUUCAAUAAAUUUGCUUCUAGAAUGUCAGACACGAUUUAUAGACACGGUUGCGUUUUAUGGAAACUUCGAAUGUUCUUCAAGAGCAUUACGAGCUCCUAUGCGAUAGUCUUUAAUUGACCCUAUCUUUUUAACUUCCCGCUCCAUACUAGAACAUUGCAUUGACAAGACAAUCACCUCGGUCCGAAAGCUGAUUCUUUGGGUUCCUCUUUAUUUCUCUGUUCAGGGCCAAGAUCUAAGGCCACCCAUUGGAAACAGACGGUGCUUUACCUUGAGGAUGUGCUGACGAUUUGUGAGGGGGAGGCACUGGUCGGGAGCAUCACUGUGGAGCCCAAUAAGAAGAACCCACGUGACAUUGAGAUCAUGCUCAAAUACUCCCUUUCUGGUCAGCGGUCUCAGGUCUCCAGGACUCAGUACUACAAAAUGCGCUAA